CGGUCUACCUUGCUGGCGGCGAUGUGGCCCCGUUUCACAUCAGAAAUCCUAAUUAAUAAGGUCUUUUGCAUCAACGGGCGGCCAUUGUAGCCCAAUCAAGAUCUGUUAGAAUCAAUUACCGGCUGAAUGCUGGCAUUAUACCCUGGAGUCGGGGCUGGCGCGGUGGUUUGUAGGCUCAGCCGACCCGAGGCAACCCUAUCGCGCUCUAGAUUAAGACCAAGCUUUUCGCCAUUUAACUGCGGGAAGUUGCAGCGCCCUUCUGUCUACAGACACUAAUAUUUCUCCACUGUAGCCGCGGCUUGGUGCGCUCAUUAGUUCUUGGGCACAUUUUUGUGUCGGGAUCGUUACGAACGUAGACAAAGAUGUCGCUGACAGACGACGUGCAGGAAAGGCCGGGGCGCCCGGGCCCUGGUCGGCGGGCGGACACCAGCCCCCGCCCGAACACAAGCGACUUCUCUAUCGCUAGGAUACUCUCCGACAACAGCCCCGAUAGAGACAGACAGCACCACAACCAGAAACCGUCUGUGUACGAUCAACAGACCAGAGAUCUCCACGGGUUCGGAGCACCGAUCGAGGCUGAGAAGUCCGGCGGGCCUUACUCCGCCUCGCCCCGUACAGACGCGUCGGUCGCCUCGGCGUCCUCUCCGGAAGUCAGCUCUACAUCGUCGGCAAGGACACCGGACAGCCUCAAGUCUCCGUCCCCUACGGCUGAAGACAUCCACAGAAAGAAGAUGAAAGCAAGCGACGAUGAAGUCCGGUCGGAUUCUCCCCGUCUGUACAGACAAGAUGAGAGAAAGAAGCGCCCCCGUACGGCCUUCACGGCAGAGCAGAUCAAGGAACUGGAGGGCGAGUUCCAGAAGAACAAAUACCUGUCUGUCACCAAACGACUGGAGCUGUCAAACCAGCUCAAACUCACCGAGACUCAGAUAAAGAUCUGGUUCCAAAAUAGGCGGACGAAAUGGAAAAGGAAGUACACCAACGACCUGGAACUACUUGCCCACCAACACUAUGCAUCCCUUGCUGGACUUUACGGAGCACCAAGCCCUUGGGCCUACGCGCAGAGACUUUAUAGCAUCGGGAACAUGGGCCAACAUCCGGGGUAUUAUCAAUAUACCCCGUACCAGGCUGCACCAGCCUUCCCGCGAUACCCUUCGCCAGCGUUGGCUCACCAACCAACGUUAGUUGGUCCAGCCAAUCAAAAUAGCCCGACAAGAACAUAGUUUCACCAAGAAAAGACUUUAGUAUGUACGUGUAAAUAAUUCUAUUUGUAGUAUUUCUAUCAGUAAAUACAGUAUUUUUCUUCAAAAUAACGAACAGCAAAUUAGUUGCUCAUUCAAAGAGUAUAGCUGCUGAUCUUGAAUUUGAAUUCGUCAGUGUAGUUUUGUUCAUAUAAAUACAGUGGUGGUUCAGAUAUGACCGUUUAAAGUCGUUACAUUCAACUAUGCACAUGUUUUGUUUUCUUUUUCACUGCCUACGUCGAUUGGAGAUGACUUUUGUUCCGACAAUAUAGAAAUUAUAGAAAACUUCUAGGUGUACAUGAAUAUUGUUAUAUCACGAAGUGCCCUUAUGAUUUAAAACUUGUCUAUUAUUUAUGCAAUAUUUAGGUAAGCACAAAGGAAGUGUCCUUAAUAAGAUUGAUACAUGUAUAAGUAUGCAAUGUGAUUGCAUAGAUUUUAUUCCGAUUUGUAGUAUAAAUGUAAUAAUAAUAAUAAAAAGCAAGUUUGCUCUACAAAA